AUGUUCCGCAAGAUAAGCCUAGUCUGCUUGGCAUUGAUCGCUUCUCCAGCAAUUGGAGAGCUUCCAGCAACUUAUAAGUAUGGCACGAACCUCGGUGGUUGGCUACUGAGCGAACCUUGGAUGAAGCCAGUCGAGUGGGCUGCAAUUGGGGGUGAAUAUUGUCCUGCAGAUAGCGCAUCGUGCGCCGCCAGUGAAUGGGGUCUUGCUCGCAAGUUGGGACAAAAAGCUGCCAACGAGGCCUUUCUGAAACAUUGGCAAUCUUGGUUCAAUCAGGAUCACGUCAAUCAGCUCAAGGCUUUAAAGCUAGAUCACGUCAGGAUUCCGCUUGGUUUCUGGAUCGUCGAGGAGCUUGUAGAGGCCCCAGCGGAACUCUAUGCUCAGGGAGGCUGGAUGGAACUGAAAAGAGGGCUGCGCCAACUCCGCGACGCCGGCUUCCAUGUAACACUCGACAUGCAUGCGAUGCCGGGAGUAUCGACUUCAAACCAGCAGUUUGCAGGAAAUGUCACCUCAGACGUCCAAUUUUACAAAGAUCAUAACUAUCAGCGAGCUCUUACUUGGGGCGCUGUGUUGGCCUCUAUGUCGCAUCUCGAUCCUGACUUCUCCAGCGUUGUGGCCAUCCAGUGCCUCAACGAGCCUCUGACUGAUGCCAACCUUACCCCAGGGUUAGAGCAGUACUACUCAGAUUUCGUGACCGUCACUCGGGUCGUUGAAUAUGCGAUCGGCGUUGAGUGCGAAGCCGACCUCCGAGAGUCUAUUCAUCGAUUGUCUCGCAGCAAAAAUGGCAUGGUAGCCCUGCGUGCAGCGAUCCCAUUGAUCGUGACUUAUGCAGGCAAAGCAAAAGUAGUCGUAGACCCCAAGAUACUUGAUUCUCUUAAGCGCUCUUCAGCAAGCCCAAGUCCUGUCGUAACAGCUCCAGUCCCUGUGGAAACAACAAUCAUCACUGCGACAUCAAGAUCAAGCGUUUCUGCCGCGGGCAUUCCAACAGAAGGCGACUCUGAGUGUCGAUCACCUCGAAUCAAUCCAACCAACAGUCAUCAGAAGUGCUCAAGAAGUCGUGUAUCACGAGCCUGCUUAGCCACAAUGGCUAUGCCCAAAAGAUGGCAAUGGAAAGGAAACGGCAACUCGAUGGUAAAUCACACUCUGGGGCCAGCAGCAUACGACGAUCACCUAUACUUUGCCUAUGGUGGAGUAGCUGAACCAAACAUCAAAUCAUACAUAUCGACAAUGUGUACUAUUCCGCAUUACCAGGCAGCAAAAAAGCUUGGGGAAGAACCGUACGGCCAUGGCGAAUUUUCGAUUGCUGUGAAUUUCAACGCGACUCAUGAUGACCUGCGCGCAUGGGGAGAUGCACAAAGAUUUAUGUACAAUCAGGAGCACUACUGGACAUUUUGGACCUUUAGAUUGGGACAGGUGUUAGAGCCCAAUCUCACUCAAAGUUAUACAGAAACUUGGUCUUACUUGGGAGCGGUCGAAGCUGGGGUAUGGCCGCGAGAUCCUUCACAAUACUACAAUCCUUCUAUAUGUGCACCUUUUAUCAACCCUACAUCAAAUUCGAGCAAAGCUGACCUUCCAGGCCCACAACUCAAUCAAACAAAACAACAUUAG